CCAUAUCAUCUCCUCCAGCAUAGCAACAUAAUCCACAGGAAUCAUCGAGACAGCCUCCCAAUAUAAUCACAACAACAACAAACAACCAAAAAAACAAGAACCAAAAAAAAUGCCCCUCUCCCUCUGGUUCAUCCUCCAAAAAGGCAACUCCUUUGAAAAAACCGCCCAAGAACUAAUUUCGCAAACCAUCCCCAACAUCUUCUUCACCCCAGACCAACUCCAACAAAACAACCACCACACCUUCCCUCCCCACGUCACCAUCACCUCUGGAAUCUCCUUCCCCUCCGACGGCAGCGGUCCCACUCCCCAAGAAUGGCUCGACAGCCUCGAUUGCAGCGCCUACCAAUCCCAACACAACGAAAUAAAAUUAGAAUUAGACACCGUCCAAGCCGAAGACGCCUUUUUUCGCAAAUGCAACAUCGCAUUAAAAGAAGAUUCGAAUUUGAUGGAAUUUGCAACCAUGUGUCGACGUCACGCCUCCACCACCACAACCACCUCCGAAGAAGAAGAAAAAUAUCGCCCCCACCUCAGCCUCCUCUACGCGGACCUUCCGACAUCCACAAUCACGAGUAAACUCCCUCUGAUCGAAAUGAAAGUCGGAUUCGCAAUAGGAGAUUUGUUUGCGUGUUGUGGAGGUGCGUUGUGUAUUGGAGGCAGGAUGGUUUUGGUGGAUACGGGGUCUAGGCCGAUUGGGGAGUGGAAGGAUGCGGUUGUGGCGGAGAGGGAGACGCCGUUUGUGCAGUGGAGGAUUACGAGGAAUUUGGUUUAG